UCAGCAGCCUCCAUUGUGCUAGGUAAUGCUAGGUAUCAACAGCCAAUCAUCAUCACCUGACAUUGCCUCUAGUGGACAUAGGUCACUUACUGCAUAAUGGCCAAAGUUGUUGAGGUAUUUUGACUUGAGAUCCACACGUGCAACUUACUUAGACUUUCAUGUUAAUCAGUCAUUGAUGUCAAUGGGAGACUUAUGUGAUCAUUUUAUCUCACAAUAGACUACCGCCCUUCAUCAAUUUUGUAGCCCAGUAUAUACAUUUUAAAAGUGAAAAAGGCCAUUUGUAUAAGUCAAAAAGUUAUUUCCCAUAUACUGUAACAUUACAUUGCAAUCAGGACACUGAACUUGUUUUUCUCUGACAGAGGAAGAGAUCAGUUGUUGGAGGACCUGAGGGCAUAUGUUCCACGUAAUCCUGACAUAGAACAUGUUAGGAUUCUGCUAGAUGGACCAGUCGGAGUGGGUAAAUCCAGCUUCAUCAACUCCAUCAACAAUGUCUUUCAGAAUAAAAUGACAAUGAAAGCCCAGGUUGAUUCUGCUAAUGCUGAUAGAAGCUACACCUCAAAAUACAAAACACASAAAAUUGAGAAUCGAAAAACUGGAUCCUAUUACCCGUUUGUCUUCAAUGAUGUAAUGGGAUUUGAGGRAAAGAGUGGCAAAGGAGUGCAUGAAGAUGACCUCAUCAAAGCACUGACAGGACAUGUGGAAGAGGGUUACAGGUUCAAUCCGAGUCAUUCAUUGACCGAGGGCGAUUUGGGCUACAAUAAGUCCCCCAGUCCAAGUGACAGAACCCACUGCCUGGUCAGUCUGAUUCCAGCAGAUAAGAUUACUGUCAUGGAUGAUGAUGUCAUCAAGAAGAUGAGGGCCAUUAGAGUAGUGGCCAGUGAAUUGGGAAUUCCCCAAAUGGUCAUCCUCACCAGGGUUGAUAUGGCUUGUCCAUUGGUGAAAGAAARGUUGAGAGCUAUGUAUCUAAGCAAGUAUAUCAAGGAGACGAUGGAGAAAUGCAGUAUGAGKCUGGGUGUCCCAGUGAACUGCAUCUUUCCUGUSAGGAACUAYCAUGAGGAAAUCGACUUGAAUGAAGACAUGGAUGUGCUGCUAUUGAGAGCACUGAAGCAGAUGGUCGACUUUGGAGACGAUUUCCUAAAGGAGAUGGAACAAUCUCAAACAAAACUUGUGCCUAAGCUAUCGACACCAUCUGUGUACAGCAUGCCCGCCAUAGUAUAACAUGUAUUGUGGUCUCAGCCAUAGUUAAAAAUGGCAAAAACAGCUCCCCAUUGAUAUAGUGUGAUAGAAUGAAAUGUGCCUUAAUAAUAAAUAAUAAUACAGCAUCAAUAUGCUAUUAAUUUAUCUAAAUGCUGAAAAUA